CUCUUUUCCGGUCCCUGGCGCUCCGGGAGCCGCGGGAGACGGUGAGGUGCAGACAUGGCCAAGUCCAAGAACCACACCACGCACAACCAAUCCCGAAAAUGGCACAGAAAUGGCAUCAAGAAACCCCGAUCCCAACGAUAUGAAUCUCUUAAGGGGGUGGACCCCAAGUUCCUGAGAAACAUGCGCUUUGCCAAGAAGCACAACAAGAAGGGCCUGAAGAAGAUGCAGGCCAACAACGCCAAGGCCAUGGAUGCACGUGCCGAGGCUAUCAAAACUCUCUUAAAGCCCAAAGAGGUCAAGCCCAGGAUCCCAAGGGGCGUCAACCGCAAGCUCAGUCGUCUCGCUUACAUCGCCCAUCCCAAGCUUGGGAAGCGUGCUCGGGCCCGCAUUGCCAAGGGUCUCAGGCUCUCCCGGCCAAAGUCCAAAGCCAAGGCUCAAAGUAAGGCCGAAGCUCCGGCCAAGGCUUCCACUCAAGUUCUAGCUCCAGGUCAGGCUCCCAAAGGUACCCAGGCCCCCACAAAGGCUUCGGAGUAGAGUUCUCCAUCUGAGGACAGAAGGACUGGUGUGACCCCUGGGGCUGCAAUCUGCAUGGGGCUGGUGUCCUCCUGUGCUAUUUGUACAAAUAAACCUUGAGGCAGGAGCUGCUGUCAGUCUGCUGUGU